CACAGGCAAAACAUACAGAGGGCCUUUAGAGCCUCGAACAUUCGCCAUCAUGUUUACCAGGCCUCUUUAUCCGUAUGGGUUGGUGGACGUACUGCUCUUUCAUUAUACGGCAGGAUAAUAAAUUUGGCAUCUGGACACAAUCUUCUCAUAUAAACUCUACGGUCGAUACUGUGGACAGGGGUCUUUUCCUGUCCCUAUCCAUGUCGCGACAUGAAUGAUCCGACGCAAUAUCGCCAGAUUGCGCCUGGGCCCUCCCCGACAUCUGAAGGGAGUCCACCGAGAGAAAGACAUCGAGGUCAGACGAGUCCGUGGAAGAAGAGGGUUUCUACGGCCUGUUUGGCGUGUAAAAAGUCCAAGCGCAAGUGCUCCGGUGUACCACCUUGUGAUAACUGUCGCGCCUUUAACCGGGUGUGUAUCUUUGAUGAAUCAUUAGACCAACGGCGUCGGGUUGCAGCGAAGAGGACCGCUGAUGAACUGAACUAUCAUCGGGACAUGCUGAAUGAUCUGUUCAAGGUUAUUCGCACGUCGGAUGAAUCGCAGGCUCUCAAGCUGCUGGACCUUAUCCGUAAGAAUGGCUCUGCAGAAGAGAUCCGGGCGUACAUCGACGAGACGUUGGCUGGCAUCGAGGGCACGGAUAGGGGUGAUCAAGAGACGGUGAGCAAGCUGGAGGAUAUCCGGCGAACGAUCAAUGUGGAAGGAGCGGGCCCUUCGUUUCGUCGGAAAGUCAUGGAUAUCAAUUACCUCUGCGAGGAGGCGCCUUAUAAAGUCCCCGCUAAGCCGUGGACGACGGUGACGGAAGAUGAUGACCUUGUGUCUCAUCUUGUGUCUUUGUAUUUCACUUGGGAUUACCCGUUUCAUGCUUUUCUUGAUCGUGAUGUCUUUUUGAAGCAUAUGGCAAUUGGUAACCCUGACUCGGAGUUUUGCAGUCCGUUCCUGGUCAAUGCUAUUCUUGCAAAUGCCUGUCAUUUCUCGGAGUUCUCAGAAGCAUAUGUCGUUCCAGGAGACAUCGUGACAAAAGGUGCUGAUUUCCUCGCCGAAGCCGAGCGUUUGAAAGACCAGGGCCAUGCAAGACUUAGUCUGGCUUCGUUGCAAGGGAUACUCCUUUUGUAUGAAAGGUACUCUAUAUCUGGAAAUGACGACCUUGGCUAUAUUAUGCUCCAUCAAGCCAUUCGUGCCGGCGAGUCUCUAGGAUUGAUUGGCCCUAAAAGAGUCCGAUUGAGUCCAGAGGAGCUAACGGAAGAUAUGGAAACUUCCGUCAAGCGGACAGCUUGGGGUCUGUUCCAUGUUGAUACCGUCGUCCAUACUGGGUUUCUUAGGCCUACUCUGAUCGACAAAGUCAAUACAAGUCGGAUGGAUAGAAAUUUAUCGGACGAGAGCGCUCUUUGGGUUCCUUAUCCAUCCCAUCGAGCUUCAAGGCCGUCCUACCUAAGUCAAUACUUCGACGAGUCGUGUAAUGUUUGUGAAAUCGCAAGAGAUAUGUCUCACAGUCUUUUUACGGAUGAAGAACGUCCGGCAUCGCCUGCUCGCCAGCGCCAGGUCAAGGAGGAUCUGUAUGAACGACUUCGUCGGUGGCAUGGUGCGUUACCGGAUAUCUUUGAUCUGGGUCGCAAACCGCCACCGUACAUAAUUCUGUUGAGAAUGCGAUACCAUACUUUGGUUAUCAACUUGUUCACUUGCUACCCGGACGAUGACGUUUCAAGCGCAGUAUCUGAGGCUCCUAAGACACCUGAGAGCCAACCAGCACAGAGUCCUGUCACAAAAUACAAUGUAUGGGAAAUUACGCAGUCUGCUGCCCGUGGAAUAUCCGCUCUUGCCCGUCUACACAGACGGGAGUAUGGCAUGAGUCGAGCCCACCAUUUUGCCAUGUACGCCAUCAACCUUGCAUUGUUCACAAUGCUCGAGCAGGAGUCAUUCGAUAUUCUGGACUCGGAUUUCUUAUCGCUUGCCAGUGCUUUCUCGGUCAUUGCCAGCCGGUCCACGCUGGGACGAAACUUGUUCCAUAUCUUUCGACAGUCUGUCCGGGCAAAAUCUCAGAGUAAACGGAUUCGGGAAUCAAGCGCAGUCUCCGACGAGCUCAAAGAAUUGUUUGACGAAGAGUCCACUGCCCCGGGGAGAACCCGUUGGGAUGAAUAUGCGGAGGGUCUGCAGAAACUGAACCAGGAUGAGCGUUACCAUGGAAUUGGAGCUGAAGGAGCGCACGGUCUGCAGGAGUAUCCAGGGAUGGGUUUAUUCGACAUGCUCGAUCGGUAUGAAAGCUUGAGCUUGGGGAAAGAUGAAAUCGUGCCAGAGAGACAUAGGCAUGAUCCAUGCUAAUUCCGAUUCGUCGAUGAUAUUUCCCAUUCGUGCUACCGCGUAAUGUUCCUUUUUUGACCCGUUGUUUUUUUGACUUUAUCCCAGCCGCUGGACAGUUAUCACCCCGGUAUCGUCGUGAUAUGAAAUGAUGAUGGCGAUUGAUUGAUAAAAUUUGUAAAUGGAUAGGGAUGGGCUGGAGAAUUAUGAAUAUACCAUUUACUACGGUCGCAUGAUUCCAGACUACUUUGACGACGAAAGAUGAUCGAUGCUGCUGUUCCGCGGAAGAAAGAACCUGGUUUGACGUC